AGUCGCAGCCGCAAGUGAAACGGGAGAACGAGACGCAACGGUGAAGUGUGCACAUGUAGAAAGUGGCUGUGGUUUGGUUGGAACCGCUGGUGAGUGCGGCGAGCGUGGAGGACUACGCCGAGCACGAGGACACCACCGCGUGCAGAAGGAGGGGGGCACUGUGCGGCUAUAAGAAACGCGGAGAUGUGUGGAGAGGGAGAAAGACUGGGAUAAGUUCAGCACCACGGCCAGCGCACCGGAGCGCUGGCGACGACGAAUCAGUUCGGUGGCUCCGCGCUAAGCGCCGUCAUGCCGCCCUGAGCCGCCGGGACGCAGCCCGUGCACCCCGCAGCGCGCCGCCAGUCCUUCUGGUCCCGGACGGGUGGAGACGCGGUUCGGCUUUCUCUUUUACUCGGGAGUCGCCGAACAAGGAGGCGAGAGACGAGUUCCGCUUUCAACUACAGGCCAGUUUGUUUGCCGGCGCAUUCCUUACAUCAUCUCUUUACUGGAGAGGGGGAGUCAGAGGGACAUACUGUACGUAGAGCGAGCGAGAGAGGGAGAGAAAGCGAGGGGGGAGAGAGACGGUGCAGCCAGGCUCCUCUCUGCCAGUCCUCAACUGCGAGGCGAAUGUGACGGACCGCCCGGCGUCACGCGCACCGCCCCGCAGCUCGCUUUUGUUUCAAACUGUCCCCUCGUCCCCCUCUGGUUCCGCCGCGUCCACACAGGCCGUCAAGAUGCGCCGGCACCGUCCUGCCCGGGGACUGACGUUGUUAUUGCCGGUCGCUAUAUGGAUUUUCUGCCACGUCAACGGCGUGCAAGGAGCUCUGCCAACAACCCAGAAGUGCGACGAGCCUCUGGCCUCGCCUCUGCCUCACACGGCCUUCACCAGCUCGUCGGUCUUCUCCAGCGGGUACACGCCGGGAUACGCCAAGCUCAACAGGAGAGGAGGGGCCGGCGGGUGGUCACCUCUGGACAGCGACCAUUACCAGUGGCUGCAGGUGGACCUGGGCUCCAGGAAACAGAUCAGCGCCAUCGCGACGCAGGGCCGAUACAGCAGCUCGGACUGGAUGACGCGGUAUCGCCUGCUUUACAGCGACACAGGAAGGAACUGGAAACCGUACCACCAGGACGGCAACAUCUGGGCCUUCUCCGGGAACUCCAACUCGGAGAGCGCCGUCCGCCACGAGCUGCAGCAGGGAAUCGUGGCCCGCUUCCUGAGGCUGGUGCCGCUGGACUGGAGCAAGGAGGGACGCAUCGGCCUGCGCAUCGAGGUCUACGGGUGCUCCUACUGGGCAGACGUGAUCAACUUUGAUGGACAGGGCGUAAUCUCAUAUCGUUUUAAGGUGAAGAAGAUGAAGAUCAUUAAGGAUGUGAUUGCGCUGAGGUUCAAGACGUCGGAGAGCGAGGGAGUGAUUCUCCACGGGGAGGGCCAGCAGGGAGACUACAUUACCCUGGAGCUUCGCAAGGCCAAGCUGCUGCUGCAGAUAAACCUGGGCAGUAACCAGUACGGUUCGAUCCUGGGCCACACGUCGGUGACCAGCGGCAGCCUCCUGGACGACAAUCACUGGCACUCGGCGGUGAUCGAACGCUACCGCCGCAACGUCAACUUCACCCUGGACAGACACACGCAGCACUUCAGGACCAACGGGGAGUUUGACCACCUGGAUUUGGACUACGAGUUGAGCUUUGGGGGGAUGCCGUACAGCGGGAAGCCCCUGGGGGGAGGAAGGAAAAACUUUAAAGGCUGCAUGGAGAGCAUCAACUACAACGGGGACAACAUUACAGACCUGGCUCGCCGAAAGAAGCUGGACACCUCCAGCUUCCGAAACCUUUCCUUCUCCUGCGUGGAGACCCACACCUUCCCAGUGUUCUUCAACGCCACCAGCUUCCUGCAGCUGCCGGGUCGGGCCGGCCACAGCGCGCUCUCCGUGGGCUUCCAGUUCCGCACGUGGAACCUGGACGGGCUGCUGCUGUUCAGCAACCUGGACGACGGCACGCUGGAGAUCUCGCUGGAAGGCGGCAAGGUCGGCGUGCACAUCAACACCUCGGCCGCGGCGAGAAGCAGCCGCGUGGACCUGUCGUCAGGCUCGGGCCUCAACGACGGACAGUGGCACGCGCUGCGCGUGGUCGCCAAGGAGAACUUCGCCACGCUGACGGUAGACGGCGACGAGGCGUCCGCCGCGCGCUCCACCUCCCCCCUCGCCGUCACCACGGGAGGAACCUACCAUCUGGGAGGCUACUUCCUGCAGACGCUGUCGCCGCCCUCCCGCCGCUCCUUCCAGGGCUGCAUGCAGGCCAUCCUGGUGGACGACCAGCCGGCCGACCUGCACGCGGUGGAGAAGGGCACCGUGGGAGCGUUCGAGAACGUCAGCCUGGACAUGUGCGCCAUCCUGGACCGCUGCAUGCCCAACCACUGUGAACAUGGCGGCCAGUGCAAGCAAACAUGGGACAGCUUCAGCUGCACGUGUGAUGGGAGAGGAUACACCGGAGCCACAUGCCACACCUCCAUUUACGAGCCGUCCUGCGAGGCCUACAAGCAUUUGGGGAUGUCCUCUGACACCUACUGGGUCGACCCCGACGGGAGCGGACCCCUCGGCCCCUUCAAAGUCAGCUGCAACAUGACAGAGGACAAAGUGUGGACGACGGUCAUGAACAACCUUCCGCCCAGAACUCCAGUGAGCGGCUCCAGCAAAGAGAGGCGCACCGUCCUGCAGGUGAACUACAGCGCCUCCAUGGAGCAGAUGACAGCCAUCACCACCAGUGCAGAAUACUGUGAGCAGCAAAUUGCCUACAGCUGUCAAAAGUCCAGGCUGCUCAACACUCCAGACGGGACCCCCUACACGUGGUGGGUGGGCAGGGGCAGCGAGAAGCACCUCUACUGGGGCGGCUCGGGCCCCGGGAUCCAGAAGUGCGCCUGUGGCAUCGACAGGAACUGCACGGACCCCAAGUACGACUGCAACUGUGACGCGGACCACUCGCAGUGGAGAGAAGAUUCUGGUCUCUUGGUUUAUAAGGAACACCUGCCCGUCAGCCAGGUUGCCGUGGGAGACACCAGCAGGCCGGGCUCACUGGCCAAGCUGACCGUUGGGCCGCUGCGCUGUCAGGGAGACAACAACUACUGGAACGCUGCCUCCUUCACCACCCCAUCGUCGUACCUGCACUUUGCCACCUUCCAGGGCGAGACCAGCGCCGACAUCUCCUUCUAUUUCAAGACCAGCGCUCCCUACGGCGUCUUCCUGGAAAACCUGGGCAACGCCGACUUCAUUCGGCUGGAGCUCAAAUCUCCCCACGUGGUCUCCUUCUCCUUCGACGUGGGGAACGGUGCCGUGGAGCUGACGGUGCGCGCCCCCGCGCCCCUCAACGACGACCAGUGGCACCGCGUGGCGGCCGAGCGCAACGUGAAGGAGGCCGUGCUGCAGCUGGACCGGGACCAGCGGGCGACCCGGCUCGCGCCCGCACAGGGCCACACGCGGCUAGAGCUGUACAGCCAGCUCUACGUGGGUGCAGCCGGGGGGCAGCGGGGGUUCCUGGGCUGCAUCCGGGCCCUGAGGAUGAACGGCAUCACCCUCGACCUGGAGGAGCGGGCAGAGGUCACGCCCGGGGUCAAGCCCGGGUGCCAGGGCCACUGCACCAGCUUCGGGAUGUACUGUCGCAACGGCGGGAAGUGCGUGGAGAAGUACAACGGCUACUCGUGCGAUUGCGCCGACACGGCGUACGACGGCCCGUUCUGCACCAGAGAUGUCGGGGGCUUCUUCGAGGCGGGGACGCUGGUGAGGUACAACCUGGCGCCCGAAGCCUUGGCGGGCGCCAGUCGAGACGCCAAGGCGGCGGCGGCGCACCAGCUGACGCCGCAUGAAGUGAACCUGACGAAGGAGGAGGUGGCCUUCAGCUUCAGCACGUCCAGCGCGCCGGCGGUUCUCAUGUACGUCAGCUCCAAGACGCAGGACUAUCUGGCCGUGGUGCUGAGGCACAACGGUUCGGUGCAGGUGCGCUACGACCUCGGGGGCCUGAAAGAGCCGUUCACCAUAGACGUGGACCAGCGGAACAUGGCCAACGGACAGCCGCACAGCAUCAACGUGUCCCGCGUGAACAGAAGCAUCACGGUCCAGCUGGAUCACUACCCUCCAGUAACCCACAACCUCCCAGAAACAUCAGACACACAGUUUAACCUGGUCAAGACGCUGUUCCUGGGCAGAGUCUAUGAGACCGGACCCGUGGACCCGGUUCUUAUCGAGCGCUACAACACGCCGGGCUUCAUCGGGUGUCUGUCACGGGUGCAGUUCAAUGGAAUCGCGCCGCUCAAGUCUGCACUGAGAGCGGCCGCGCAGCCCCAAGGGUCGCCCACGGCCGCGCCGCCGGACAGAGCAGCAGCAGCGUCCCACCAGGGCAAGCUGGUGGAGUCCAACUGUGGGGCGUCGCCUCUCACCAUCCCACCCAUGUCUGCGGCCACGGACCCCUGGCAUCUGGACAACACAGAUGCCGAGUUCCCUUUUAAUGAGGAGAGAGUCAUUCCGGAUGGAGUCAACAGGGACUCAGCCAUCAUUGGAGGUAUCAUAGCGGUGGUGAUCUUCACCAUCUUAUGCACGCUGGUGUUCCUCAUUCGCUACAUGUUCCGCCACAAAGGCACCUACCACACCAACGAGGCCAAAGGCAGCGGCGAGUCGGCCGGGGAGUCGGCGGACACGGCCAUCAUCGGCACCGACAACCCAGAGACUAUUGACGAGUCAAAGAAGGAGUGGUUCAUCUAACAGACGCUGACGGGUCUUCGCCGUUCGUCAGACCACUAGUUGCCACAAAGUUGCUGGAGGGAGGCUUUGUUCAACGACCAGCCACGGGAGAGACGGAGCGUCGGCCACGCACGAGGACAAUAAUCUCCCAGGGGAGACGGCGAUGCGGGAAAGACGUGUACAAAAACCUUUUUUCAUUUGUUUCGUUUUUUAUAUAAAUAUAUAUCCAGAGUAUUAGAAAGAGAAGAACAGCUACUGAGCAGAUCACGGCUAAACGAGACUGUACAUGUAUAUACUAACUGGUGUGUCCUCCUUUGUAUCGUGCUUGGGAGUUUUCAGGAGUCCUUUGAAUACUGUAUAUGACAAAUAAUUAUACUCACUGGGUCGUGUGAUAGCACAGUUUUAUUACCAGUCUCUGUUGCGUUUUGAUUAUUAUUUUCUAUCUAAACUCUUUAUCAGACAUGAUCAAAUAAACACGCCAAACCUUUUCGUUUUCAUUGAUCAGGCUGUAGUUGCACCAGCCUCUCAGCGUUCGUGCCUGCCCCGCUGAUUGUUGUGGUAAUAGGGGAAUCACAGAGUCACUUUGUAAAUACAUUCAUUUAAUUUGUUUUAUUUUGAGAAUAUAUAAAGUAUAUGAAGAGUCCAAGACAAUGGGGGAUUUCAGAUCUAUAUUAGAAUGCCAUGAGUCCAUUAUAUGUGUCUGUGUGCGACAAACAGAGUUUUAGGUUGCGUUUUGUGACGGUAGACUGUACAUGGGACGUUCCUUGCUACGAACAGAGGGGGGAUUCUCAGAGCAUGAUGGGAAAUGUGACACAUCCCACUUGGCUUAGAUCAGCACGGCAGCUUCCCCGCCAUCCGGAACCGGUGAAACCGCGCCGCCUUUACUCAUCGUUUGCCAAACACUCGGGUCUUACGCUGUUCAAAGAUUGGCUCAGAAUUCAGCAUUAAAUGUUUGACUUUGACUUAAAGGAGAGCUUUUAUUUUCCUGUACACUGUCGGCUGUGGGUUGACGACGACUGCAUGCGUCAGCGGGUCGACCAGCUUGACUGACACUCACUGAGUUGCACUGAUGCACUAAACUCCAGGCAUUAAGUGGCUGAAGCAGCGAAAAGCAGUUCACAUGUGAUCAGAAUGAGCUCCGGUAGAUAAUUGGCUUAAUAAUCCAUUGUGCCUUCAAGGGGUUUCAAGCCACUUGGCCUUGCUUCAGACGACAAUACUGGCCUACUACUAAAACUUGAAGAGGUCCCAGAUGUCCUGAUUUGAAUGGUGCUGCGUUCCCACAAAUCUCAGUCAAAGCUGGAGAAAGUCACAGUUGAGCCAAAUCUCUCUUCGAUCCUGCAAACGUCGGGCUUAUUAGACAGCAGGCAGAGGACCUGCGCUCCAUAUAUCACACCGACGUUUACACUGACCCUCCGCAUGUUUGAUAGAGCAUGAGUGAAGCUUGUUCAGUCGGGGGGCUUCUGCUUUGUCUGUAAUUAGGUUUCGUUCUAACGGUGCCACUGUUGUCUAACAUGCAAAUGUGCAACUGCUGUGUUCUGUGUUGUUUUCCUGUCUCUUUAACCUCCUAUAGCAUUUACAGCACAGAGUGUUACAGUUGAAACCAGCUGCCAACUUUGCUCUUUUAUUGUGAAUUUUCUUUUUGAUAUGUCCGUUUGCUCAUGUUGUUGCCAUGGCACCCUGUUAUGUGAAUGACAUUAUGUGCACAUCAUCAUCAUUUUCCCAUCAUCAUUUUAUCACAGACUUUAAGACAGCUGGUGAACUCAGCCUGCCUCCUGCUGCAGCCUCAAAGAUCUACACAUUAAUACAUCAACACAAAUCAGUGACUCUUAUUUACAAGGAUUAUAUUACUUAAAUACAUAAACACAUUCACUCAACUAAACAUAACAACUGGAUUAUCAACCCUGACAGAUACAAUCAUUCUUCAUAUGUUUUACUUUCAGUUCUAUUGAGUUUAAUAAAGAGUGUUUGAUCUUUAAAUACA